UGAUUUCCGAAUUUAUGCUUCAAAUAUUUCAAACUUAGAACCACAUUUUUCGUCAAAAUGCCGACUAAUUCGUCCGGAGUGGGGGCAUUCGGUUUCUUUGCCGUCCUCUUGUCGAUUCUGAUGACGUUUUCUUUGCAUAAAAUUGAAGAAGGUCAUGUUGGUGUGUAUUACAGAGGUGGGGCUCUACUAACCACCACAAGCAGUCCUGGGUACCACAUCAUGAUUCCUUUCAUAACUACUUUUCGUUCUGUUCAGACAACACUGCAGACAGAUGAAGUUAAGAAUGUGCCAUGUGGAACUAGUGGCGGAGUCAUGAUCUAUUUUGAUAGGAUUGAAGUUGUCAAUGUUCUUAGCCCAUCUGCAGUGUAUGACAUAGUGAAGAACUACACAGCCGAUUAUGACAAGACGUUGAUAUACAACAAGAUCCACCAUGAACUCAAUCAGUUUUGCAGUGUCCAUAACCUUCAGGAAGUUUACAUUAAUUUAUUUGACCAGAUUGAUGAAAAUUUGAAAUCAGCCCUACAACUUGAUCUCAAUCAGCUGGCCCCCGGCCUCUACGUUCAGGCUGUUCGCGUCACGAAACCUAAAAUCCCGGAACAAAUUAGGCAGAACUAUGAAGCAAUGGAGUCGGAGAAGACGAAGCUGCUGAUCUACGUUGAGAGGCAGAAGGUCGUGGAGAAGGAAGCUGAAACUGAGAGGAAGAGGGCCGUCAUCGAGGCAGAGAAAGUAGCGCAGGUGGCAAAGAUUCACUGGGAGCAGAAGAUCAUGGAGAAGGAAUCCGAGCAAAAGAUGGCCGAAAUUGAAGAUAUGACUCAUCUGGGUAGAGAGAAGGCAAAGGCAGAUGCUGAACAUUACAAAGCAUCCAGGCAGGCUGAAUCUUACAAGAUAAUGCUGACACCCGAGUACCUGGAGUUGAAGAAGUACGAAGCCCUGGCCUUAAAUAACAAAAUCUACUUCGGCAACAACAUACCGAACAUGUUUAUGGAAUUCCCAGCUUCCUUACCCCAGCCUAAAAAACAAGCUGCCUGAAUGAAUGAAUGAAGAUGAUGAUGAUGUUGAUGAUGAUGAUGUCUGUAGUGCUGAUGACAAUCUUUGUGGUGGUGAUGAUGAUGAUGAUAGUGGUGGUGGUGAUGAUGAUGAGAAGGAAGAAGAUGAAUAUUUUUUUAUUUCUUUCUAUUUAGAUGUUUUCAUUCUGUUCUAAUAUUUUAUAUUAUAGUUUGAUUAAUUAAUUAAACUAUCGAUUGAUUGAUUGAUUGAUUGAUUGAUUGAUUGAUUGAUUGAUUGAUAUAAACAUUAAAUUAAUCAUCAUUAAUAUACAUGUUAUUUUACAAAUUGUAUGGCUUAAAGUAAUUCAAUAUUCUGUUGUUAAGUUAUGUGUAAUAUAUACUUAUAUAUUAGUAUUUAUAUAGCACUUUAUAUAUUUGUUUAAAAUUUUAUUAUUAUAAUUUAUAAACUAUUCCCACUAUUGUUGUUAUCAUCUGAUUGUGAUUGUGGUUAAUAUUAUUGCAAUUUUAAAUAUUUAUUAUUAUUUUGUUGUUGUUGUUGUUGUUGUCAUUAAUGUCUUCCCUAUCUAAUAGCUUAACAUAAAUUUAAGUUCUUUUCGUUUGUUUAUUCGUGGUUGAUUUUGCUCAAUGAAUGACUACGAUGUAUCCAUGAUUAUUUUGUGUGUGUGUUUGUUUGUGUGCGUUUGUUUGUUUGUAUGUAUGUAUGUAUAUAGAUGUGUAUAUAUAUAUAUCUAUAUAUAUAUAUAUAAGUUUGUAUAUAUUUAAUAUGUAUGUGUGUAUACAUAUUUAUACAAAUUUCGAUUUUAAAAGAUUGAUUGGAUAUUUAUUGGAAAUAUCGCGGGUCAUUAUAUUAUAUUUAUUUAUUUUUAUUUAUUUGUGUCGGACUGGACAUUACUCGAAUAGUAAAUUCUCAUCUCACUCUUGGAUGAAGGAUGAUGAGAAUAACCGAGCAAUAGAUUUCUGUUAAAAC